GCCAUCGAACAUUGUUCAUUGGAGUUCACGUGCCACUGGGUGGAAGAAAAAGUCACCGACGCCAUAGGCACCGUGGACAUAAACACAGAAAGAGAGACAGAGAGCGAGAUUCAGGGUUAGAAGAUGGGAGAGAGUCUCCUCCUUUUGAUACCCCAUCACAAAGGGUGCAGUUUAUUCUUGGAACAGAAGAUGAUGACGAGGAACACAUUCCUCAUGAUCUCUUUACUGAGCUUGAUGAAAUUUGUUGGCGUGAAGGAGAGGACGCGGAAUGGAGGGAGACGGCGAGGUGGUUGAAGUUUGAAGAAGAUGUAGAGGAUGGUGGAGAGAGGUGGAGCAAACCGUAUGUUGCCACACUGUCACUUCAUAGCUUGUUUGAGCUGAGAAGCUGUAUCCUGAAUGGCACGGUUCUUUUGGACAUGAGAGCCAACUCUAUAGAAGAAAUUGCAG